AUGGGGUUGCAAGAGAUGGCGAAGCUGCAGCUGCACCACCAUGGCGGCAUGCGAGCUGCUGGCAACGACGGCGACCAGGCAGCAGGCGGCGGCGGGGGCAGGGAGAAGGCUGCGUCGGCGGCGGUCUGGAUCGCCGUGCCGCUCAGGCCCGUCAAGGUCGGCCGCCGAAGACACGGCGGAGAGACAGAGGAGGAGCAGAAAGAAGAGGAAAAAGAGGAAGAAGAGGUGACGACGCCGAGAGGGGAAGGGUGCACGAUACCCUGGGAGGCGGCGACGUGCCCGCCGGCGCCCAAGAAGGCGAGGACGGCGGUGGCGAUCUUCGCCGACCGCCGGUGCAACCGAGACGACGGCGAGGCGGCGGAGUACUUCCGCGUGCCGGCGGACCUGGACUCCGUGUUCGCCGUCAGCCGGGUGGCCGAGGCGAACUGA